AGAAGUUAACAAACAUGAACUACCAACAGAAUAUUGGUCGCACCUGUCCGCCGAACACAGCAAAACAUGGAAGAUCGCGAAGUUUGGCACCGAUGCGUCAGAUCAUAUACACUAACCAGGCAACCAACGCACCUCCGGUUAUGCAGCAACCUCCGCCUGCAAGUCGACGAGUGCAAGCUACUCAACCUUUGUAUACUGCUGCACCGACAUAUCAGGGUUAUGCCCGUCCUGGUCAGCCUGCUAUGCAAUCGUUCUACCAGAUGAACAGUCAGCCGUAUCCUUAUCGUCCUACGGUCUACGUGGCAGCUCCACCUGGCCAGAUCGCUGGCAACUAUCCAAGAAUUGAUCCUUGUAAUAUCAGGCCAGCUUAUCCACAGGGUUAUGCAGCUCGUCCACCGAUCACUCCAAUCGUACAACGAGAGGAGAAACCUCCACAAAUUCUACAGGCUACAUCUUCGGUUCCACAGUCGGUGAGAGAGCAACCACCUGCAGCUGUUGUGUUCGAUGGUAGUGGUGAAGAGAAACAAACUGUAUACAGCGAAACCGAUACGGAAGCUGGUUGGAUUUUCUUGCAUAUGAAGGCUGUACUCAUUGGAGAUAUAGGAUUUAAACCGGUCAACAAUCUUUCCAUCUCCAAAGGAACUAUCAGCUUUGGAAUCGCGGCUCCAGAUGCCAAUAAGAACUCCGUGUGUGUUUCUGUUUACAUCCAAGAUAACCACAUUGCUCGAGUUGUGCUCUGCCAAUGCUCACGCAAAAGCUAUCUAGUGGUUAUUUUGCUCAAUGAUUUUGGUCGUGAACAAAUGCGACCGAAACUGACUGAACCAAUCAAAGGCUACGAUAUUGUGUGUUCUUUGAGGCCACUUGAUAAGCAGUAUAGUGUUUCUACUAUACAGUCUGAGCUGGGAAGCUGUUUCGGUACCAAAUUUAGAUACAAAAGUUUAUCCGAUGUGGAUCUAAACGAAGAUCUCGUCUACAGUGCCAUUCUUGUUGAGAGAUAUGCCAGAUUUCUAGCCUCAAAAGAGAACAGGGAAAAGAAGGACGAAGGCAGUAGCAAGCCUAACAACUCUUAUGACACCAGCGCCAGUAAUGAUAAUAACCUCGACGAUAACAACGUUAAGCAAAAUACUGGAAAUGACUUUGGAGAAAAAUUGGAAGACUAUCCACAAGCUUCGACUCAGAGUUUCCAUGUUAGCGAGCCAAUCCAAAAGAAUCACUGUAUGACCUGCAGUACCGCUCAGCCGUCUUCGGUGGAGAUGACUGCUACCAGCGCCCAUAAUACGCUACAAAUUGGAGAACCAGUUAUCCAGGAAGUCGCUUAUGGUGACCUAACCAAUUGCGCCCCCGGUACUGGCUACAACGCGACCGUAGAUUACUCUUCAAAAGAGAACAUGCUGUCUGACCCCGACUGUGAUGCGAUUUUGAGCUAUGUGAAUGGAACAUUUGAAGGUGUAGCCGUAAACAACGAGGCAAGUAAUUCGAUGAGCGCAGAUGAUUACCAGAAUAUGUAUCUUGGCUCUGACGCGCAGAUUGAUGACUUCCCCGAAGAUUUUCUUGCACCUGAGACUACGUCAGCUUCAGAGGAUGACACUACAAAAUUAUCAGUGCCUGAUGUCACUGAGACCAUCCAGCAUGAGCUCGUCGACGAUGAUGGCUCCGACAAGGAAGAACCAACCUCGAUCAAAUUUGACGGCGACGUGACUGUCAAUUUGGACUCUAUCAGGCGUUGUAUGCCAUCAGGAGCGUUCAUGACCGGGUCAUUGGCGACUUUUUACUUCAAGCAUUACAUUCCAUAUGUAGUGCUCCGUAAUACUUGUGGAAGAAAUCAGAUAAUCUUUUACGAUAGCGACUGUUACACACUUAUUAGAAGGAAGUGUGAAAAGGAAAUCAGAGAUGGCACAGAUAAAGAGAUCACACCUGAAAAGGCAGUAGCUAUGUUUGGCAGGCAGAAGAAAAAGAAUAAAGAAUUACUUCCUUUCAUCAUGGAUUUAGUUCGAAGGGAACUUGUUGUGAUGCCUUUGUUUUGGGACAAUCAUUGGAUGUUGGGAUUGCUCCAGAUGAAUCCUGGUGGUGGAAAGGAUUCAUUCAGUGGCCGCUUCAUCGUAGUGGACAGCAAAUUCAAUGACCCCAUUAAUAAAGAAGCGUUGGCAAGGAUAGCUGAAAACAUGUAUUAUCAUAUCAUCAUGGCUAUCAAAGCUGCGCUGGUCGUAUCUGAUAGGAAAUGUUUGACUAGAUUCACUCUAAUUCGGUGCGACUCACUGCCGUGCCAAACGAACAAUUCCGACUGCGGCUGGUUCAUGUGUGCAUUCGCCGAGCAUUUUACAAAGGACAUCCACUGGAUGGGUUACUCGAACGAAGACGUACGCCAUAUGUCCCUCGCAGCUGAAGAAGAGGAGAAGUUUUACAGCCGUCUUACGGUUAUGAAAGAAGAAAUUGGUGCUUAUAUGGAGAAGACGGCUGGGCGAUCGCUUAAUUUUAAUUACGAUUAGCUAAAGAAAGUUCUCCACUAUUCAGCACUUCCCGUCUACUCAUGGUUCUUUUGAAUUGCAUAUACUAUCUUUCUAAUUUGAUCUCUAUCUCCAUGGUCUUUGAGACACUGUGACUAAUGCAUUAAGCAUAUUUUGGACGGUCAUUUAUUGCUUGCAUGUUUAUUUAUCUAUAUUUUCACAAUUACUGGAGAGUUAUUGAGAUGAAUUAUCGAACAUCUCUCACGGUUUUUUGUUUCCUGCCAUUUUGCAUAAGUUUUUGUGGACGUAAAAUCUACGUUUUUCUGUAUAAAGUUAGCUCUGAAAUCUUGCGAAUCUGCUACAAGUAGCCAAUGAGACGUGGGAAUCCACAUCAGCAUGAUUAAAAAUCAGUCAACGACCAAAAUGGUGUCGACCGAAAUCUAGCCUAAGUAUCUGAACGCUUCAAAGCUUCGUUCGUUGUAGUGAUCGUCAAAACAAAGAUUAUUCUUGGCCAGAAACCCUAACAUCACCUCAACAGGCUCAAGUGAAG